CGUGUAUGAUAGAAAGAUUGUUCCGGAAUGUCAUUAUCAAUUUAUUAAUCAUACAACUUAGAUUGCAAACUCAGUUGGCUUACUUUCACUGUCACUUAGUAUGUUAGCAUUUACCUAAAUAUACGUGUACCAAAGACACACCAACUAACGAAGAUAAAAUAAAUACAGCGUGAGACAAUGAAAGUAAAUUGGAAAAUUGGUAGUUACAAGAUGUAGAAAAGGUGACUUUACACCGCCCAAUUAAAGCUCUACUUUUUCGUCAUGGUAGGGCUAACUAGGAACUUAAACCCGAAGACUUCCCGAGAGGACCCUGAGCUGUUCAUGGUCUCAAGGAAGCAAUGGAACGCUCAUCCUCCUGGAGCCAAAGUGAAGGAGCUCAAACAUCCUGUCAGCAAAAUACUCUUCACUCAUACGGGAACCUCAGAGUGUCACACAUUUCAAGAAUGCAAGAGAACCUUGAAGAAGCUACAGUUUGAGCAUAUGGACACUUUGGGCCACAAUGACAUCACUCACAAUUUCAUGAUUGGGGGUGAUGGAUGGAUUUUCGAGGGCCGAGGCUGGGCUACCGAGCCGGACAUGGAUCCGAUGCACUGCACACCAGGGUCACAAAGCCUGCAAGUAGCUUAUAUUGGCGAUUUUGAAGAUCAAACUCCUCCCCCUCAAUUGAUGAAAGCCGGAAUGGAGAUCCUGAUGUACGCAACAAGAAAACAAUAUAUGUUUUACUUCUUCAGUGCUGUCCAUCUGAACUGAUCGUAACCAGCUAUUGUAUAUUUGUAAAUAUUAUAUUAUAGAUCUAAGAC